UCUACGGUCAUUAAUUCUCCAUCAGAUGAUUUUAUAAGAUCUACGGUCAACAAGCAACACUGUUUUUCGUCACUCCAAUACGCAGCGUUUAGCGCUGGGAUAUUCUCCGGCGUCAUUUUGAUACUUCGGGGGGUUCGUUUCUCUUUAAAGCAACGGUUUUACAAUUUCUUUCUAUUCGGUGUUUGCAUUCCAGCGAUCUCAUUUGGCGGAAGGAACAAAUGGAAGAGGAAUCAAAUGGAGGGAAAGUGGAGAAGAAGAUGGAAGGAGUGGCUUCAAUAGCAUUAUUGCCAAGUGGGUCCAUAUCUGGCCACUUCAUUGAGCUUCCCCAUUCUAUUUGCUAUGGCCUUCACGGCACUGAAUUGGCAUGUGAAAGGGAGUGUAGCAGGGGUGAGGAUUAUCGUCUGGUCAAGCUCACAAUCAUAGACUACAUUAGAAAGAAAGAACAAGUUGUGGUUGUGGAGCGUAGGGGUCAUGAUGCUGCUCGAUUGUGUAGCGUUGAUCAUGCUCAUGGUUGGGAGAAGGAUAUUGUCGGUAUGGUUGAACAAAAGCAUGGGAAGCCCAAAAUGUCAGUUUCUUUUGACUGUGAGACACUGAAAGCUGAUACAGCAGCCGAAGAUCAUAUCAGGCAGUUCAUGCCCAAAUUAGCUGGCCUAGAUGCGGUUGUUAACAUUGGCCGGAUGAGCAUUAUAGGGGUGGACUUUGAAGCUGAGGAAUAGACUUGGGAGCAGAAUUUGUGAUCUGAUAUAAAUCCACAUCAUCCACAUCUUUUCUUGUAUAUAUAGACAUAAUUAAGCGUACUAUCAUGAAUGUGAUUUACUGAAAGCUCCGUGUGCCAAAUAGGCAUAUAUUGAAUGACUACCUGUGAUGAAACACAGUAAUCUAAAGGCGCCUGAUAAAUUAAGAUUUUAGCCAACAAAA